GUCUUUUUCAUCUGGACCUCAAAUCUGAAACAGCCGUCGUCAUGACAGCAGGAGCGGUGUCGACGCCGCUCAUCAUUCCCAUCAUCGACCUGCAGACAAACAGAGCCAAGAACCACGUGGACUCACACACACCUGUCUCCAUCCACUCAGAGACUCCUGAGGUUCAGAUCUUCUUCACUCUGGACGGGUCAAAGCCAGCGGCGGAGCAGCGUGGGUCCGCCGGCAGCAGCAGGAAGUACAGCGGGCCCAUCCUGCUGCAUGCUGGGAGAGUGUCUGUCAGAGCUGUCGCUGUCACCAGUGAUGGCAGAGAGAGCUCCGUGGUGACGAAGGUUUUCUCGGUUGAACUUGUGGAUUCAAACAGGAAGGAGAACGAGGAGAACUUCCGGCAGAGAGACCAACAGCGUCCGUGUGAAGGAACCUGUCUGUCUGCUGGAGCUUCACUGAGGCCUGCAGAGCCGGGCAUGGUGGGAAACACCUCUCCUCACUCAGCUCUCGGCUCUCCGAACAAACAGCAACAGACUGGAUCCUCCCAACGUUCCCAGUCAGCGGUAAACAGCAGCAAACUAACACCACGCGCUGCUGCGCUGCUGAAACGAGUCAGUGCUGACUUUCAUGUUUCCUGUCAGACUUCAGGUGUGUUGAAGCAGCUGAGCAGCACGCAGACGUCCCGAAUCCACCGGGACACCGACUUCCUGCGGUGUGCUCAGUGUUUGAGUUUUCGUCCUUCAGAUCCUUUCGCUCGGUUCUGCGCUCAGUGUGGAGCUGCAGUUCCUCCAUUACCUGAACAGAGACUGCCCCCUGCUGAGGGAGGACAGGUGGUUUGCUGUGUGUGCUGUAACUCUCUGGUUCCUGUGAACACUCGGAGCUGUUUAAUCUGUGAAGCCUUGGUCCAUCAACAACCACAGUCCAGCCUCAAGCUGCAGGAGCAUGUGCUGUGUGUUUGCUGUGGAAGUGGGAAUCCAGCUCACAUCUCCAGCUGUUUGACCUGUGAGAGCCGCCUGCAGCCGGAGGUGUUUGUUGGGAACAGCGCCCCCUCUGUCCGGUCAGCAGACAGCAGGAUGUUGACCUGCUCCAGAUGUAAACGUUUAAACCCCGGUGAUGCCAGAUAUUGCGACUGGUGCGGCUCAAAGCCCGGACACGCAACCAGCCGUGUGGUUUGUUGGCGAUGUGGCGCGAGCGGACACCCGUAUGCCUUCUACUGCGCAUCCUGCGGCGCCUUCCUGGAAGCACCGCCCCCCCCCACAUCCUGCAGUGACAUCACACAACCUGUCAGGGGCGCCGCCGGCAAACAGGCUUCAGCCCCAACUUCACAUGAUGCAACCUGGCAGGCCACACGCUCCAAAGGCCCCGCCCAUCGCACAAAGUUAGCCACACCCACUGCCGAGCAGUACACUCAGACUGUUGGACUCUAUUACCCAUCAGCCACUGAGCUGCAGAGGAAGGAGCAACAACUCAGCAAGCAGCAGACGACCAGAGACCGCCAACCGCCGCUGACCGCCAUCAGCCCGGGCCGAGGUUUCUGGAGGAAGCAGUUGGAUCAUGUGUGCGCUCAUCUGAGGAGCUACGCUCAGAACAACGCCCCCUUCAGGGCGCUGCUGGGGGAGCCUCGACUGGGCCGGAUGGUCUCUGCUGUGAUUCGGGAGGAUCACUAUGAAGUGAGCGUGACCGUCAGCUUGGUUUCGGCCGGACGGGAGGAGCAGCAGGUGACCGAGCUGCAGGUCGGACUGAGACUCUGAGCAGCGUCACAGAGGGAUCAGCCGGCAGCAGCCACCUCGGAAGUUGUCGGUCCGCAGGUCUGAUGAAACCUCCCAAAACAAACAUGACACCCAAACCUCCGGUAAAACUCUCGACUGAUAAUAAAACAGAAG